GGGGCUGAGCCGGGCGAUUUUGGUACUUAGCUGCGGAGUUGGUAUUGCUCUAGCCAACAGCCUCGGCUUACGCGAGCUGUGGACCCGCGUCUUCCCUUCUCGUUGCAGUGGCAUCAUCUACGCACGGGGUUCAACAGGCCACUUCUUUUGUUCUUUCCCCGGACUUCAACUUGACUCUUACGUUCACCUAGACGCGCCCGCCAAUAGCCAUGGACGCCUCUACUAGCUUACAGAUACCAGAAUCCUCGAUUCCCGGCACGUCGAGGCAGGCCAGCAACGCGCGACCGGUAUCCGUGACUGUCAAUUCCACACCACCUGCACAGUCUGCAGGGCGUCAUCGAGCCUCCCACAAUGUAGUGUCCUCGUCUCAACAUCAGCAAGAGAAUUCUCAGAACGACCAGCCUGCCUAUCGCGAUGUAUACUCGCACCCAGCGGCCAUCGCCUACGCUGCGGCUCACCCGCGUCGUACAAUCCCGAAGUUUGGACCCUAUCUCCUCUUGCAAACGUUGGGCGAGGGUGAGUUCGGCAAAGUGAAGCUGGGACUGCAUUCGCAAUGGGGAGAGGAGGUGGCUGUUAAGCUUAUUAGACGAGGAAACAUCGACUCCAACGUGCGGAUGUCAAAAAUUGAGAGAGAAAUCGAGGUUCUGCGGACCCUCAAACAUCCCAACAUCGUCCGUCUGUACGACGUCAUCGAGACCGAUAAAUAUAUCGGAAUCAUCCUAGAAUACGCGUCCGGCGGUGAACUUUUUGAUCACAUCCUCGCCCAUCGCUACCUGAAGGAAAAGGAUGCAUGCAAGCUAUUCUCGCAAUUGAUAUCCGGUGUCUGGUACAUUCAUCAGAAGAAAAUCGUACACCGCGACCUCAAACUCGAAAAUCUUCUACUGGACCGGAAUCGCAAUGUUAUCAUCACUGACUUCGGCUUCGCCAAUCGUUUCGAACAUCGCGCAGACGACCUGAUGCAGACAAGCUGUGGGUCUCCCUGCUACGCUGCGCCCGAGUUGGUCAUCUCGGAAGGCCUCUACGUCGGUUCGGCGGUGGACAUCUGGUCGUGCGGUGUCAUCCUGUACGCUAUGCUGGCAGGGUAUCUGCCCUUCGAUGACGAUCCCGACAACCCAGAUGGUGACAACAUCAAUCUGUUGUACAAGUACAUUGUCACCACCACGUUAACGUUCCCUCCCCACAUUUCGCCGGAAGCCCGCGAUCUGUUAUCGUUGAUGCUGGUCGCAGACCCCGCACGUCGCGCUGAUCUGCCCACGAUCAUGUGUCAUCAAUGGCUUGCGCCGUAUCACCAUCUCUUCACGAAGACUGUUGAAGACCUGGAGCGCGCCGCCAUGGAGCAGCAUCAAUUGAAGCGGCUGGCGUACCAGAGGCAGAUGAGGCAAGCUGCGCAGGCUCAGGAGCCUCGAGCGAUCGCAAGGACUCAAAGCGCCAGGACAGAUGGGGCGGCAUCUUCGGGCACUGCUGCUGCUACGCCGUCGUCCAGGAGCCGAUCACAGAGAGAGGGCCAUGCUCACCAUCAUCAAUCAGCGACCCAUUCGCAGCCUCAGCCCGAGUACCUCUACGAAACUUCCGUCGAUCAGUCAAUGUACACAUCCUCGCCUGCCUCAAGGAGAGGCUAUAACUCGGCUGUGGUCGUGCCAACGUCGUCGCAGCCGGUACUCGAUGACGAUCCGUUUGCACCCGUACCGUCUCGCGAGACGCCUAGCGUGCAGAUAUCGCCCGCUGUUGGAUCUCCAAUGGAGGAUGUUGUUUCGAAAGCACCUCUUCAACCCAAUAGAAGGCGCGAAGAUGAUGUGCAGGUGGAAGCUACGCCGGGUAGAAACGGCCACGCGAAGGCGUCGCCGGAAAGCAGCAAGAAGAAGGGAGGUAUGAGGCAUACGAUCCAGGUGGAGUACGGUCAGAAUGGUCAAGAGCAGACUUCGCAGCCAGUGUCUGGCUCGAGGAGAGAGCCGACGGAUACUGAUAUGGUCACCGAGGGUCGCUCGCAUCACGCCAUGCAAGGCAGUCCCGAGCGGACGAGAGCCCGCCGGCCUUCUGCUGAAAGUGCACUCAAACCUCUCCCUGCGGUUCCGCCCACGUCUGGCGCUGCGGGUGCACGCCGAGAGCCUUCACAGCGUAAGAUUCCACCCUCUGCGUCGGAGUCGUCCGCUGUGUCGGCGAGCCCGCGGGUCGCAGAAGAGAAGCCCUUGCCCUCUCAGCACGCGCAGCAUGGCUCGCAGUCUUCUGGUUCUUCUAGGGUUAGUGGACACAAGCGCGGGAUGUCUGUCGACAAGCUUGGGCUCAGCAAGAUAUUCGGUGCGUCGGAUGGUGCCAGCACGAAUGGUGCAUCGUCGCGCGUGCCUUCGGAUACUUCCCAGUACGGUGCCAGCUAUGCAUCUGAGAACGGAACCACGAAGUCUAUGCCUGGUUCCACUCCCCAUAAGCGCCCGUCCACUCUACAAGCCGCUCUCUCUCCUCCUGACAAGGAGAAAUUGUCUCCUGCUGGCACUGUUGAGUAUGCGGAUGCCUCUGCGAAGAAGUCCAGGAGGAAUACGCUGACAGUGAUGGUCGAGCCUAUCAGUCGAUCCAUCAAGAACAGGACGCGCGGUCGUCAACCUCCGGAGACCCCUGUGAACGAAAAGGAUAUGUCGUUCUCGCAGAGUCCAGCUCCGACGUCGGAGGCUCCUGUUCGCGAGCGACCGGAUUUACUUCCUCCGCCUUCUACACCGAGUUACACCAAUUCAUCCAGGACCAAUGUCGGCCUCGGCAUGCCUGCCUCUUCUAGCAAAGCUGCGAAGGUCAUGCAAUGGUUCAGGUCGAAGAGCAGGAACCGGGAAUCCUUCGAGGUCAGCGACGAUGGGCAUGGUGCACCGGUCGCAGGAGACUACCGGGGUCGACCUAUGCAACCUCCGAGCUCCUAUAGGCCGGCUUCAACCACGCCGAUGCAGAAUAGCGGCAACGGAUCUGGUAUGGGUGCUCCUAUCUCUGCUACGCCCACUCCGGCGCAUCGUAAUGAGCGCCGUAUCUCCUCUGGCACCGCCGACACGUCAAUCAGGAUCCCUUGGAGAUCAGGUGGAGGUGCUAGCAAGGCAGGUGUUAUCCGCAUCCACCAUGGUGCGGUUGACCAGGACAUGGUUACGACUCGACCUCCUCCUGAGGUUAUGAAGCAUGUCCGCGAGGUUUUGGAGGGUAUGGGUAUUGAGGUGCAGCAGGAGAGUGAAUUCAAGUAUAGAUGCAUCAGGCAGAAGAGGAAGAAGGCUGCCGGUAUUGUUGGCCUCAGUACUGCGCCCGGGAGUCCGGGAAGCAUGGCAGCCGUCGCUAUGCAGGGCACCGCAGCUUCUAAUGGCGUGGACAAGCGUGGCCUGCCCGUCCCUUCUCAUUCUUCCUUCACUGGAAGUGGAAUGCUCAGGGGUCUCCUGAUGCGCCGUCAGUCUUCGCAAGUAUCGUCCAUCGGCCAUCAUUCCGUGGACGAAACAAUCGAGUCUCCCAGCGCCACCAACGGCUCGUAUGUCCAGGAACCGAGCCCCGUGGGCGAGCCGCUAUUCGGAGACCGCACGGAAGACAUCGGCGAUGAAGUCCGGUUCUCUGUGGAACUCACUCGUAUAGACCGUCUCAACGACACCUACAGUUUGGACGUGCGGAGGCUGAAGGGUAACCUUCGGAGCUACAAGUUCCUUUAUGAUACUCUGAGAGACCGGGCGGCCCUGCAGCACUAG